GGGUGGCGGCGGCGUGGGCAGGCGGGCAGGCCGGCAUGGCGAGCUGGUGGCGGGCGCUGCAGCACGCGGCCCGGCGCUACCCGUGGCCCACCAACGUGCUGCUGUACGCCGGGCUCUUCUCGGCGGGCGACGCGGCGCAGCAGCAGCUCCGCGGAGGCCCCGCCGACUGGCGGCAGACGCGCAGCGUGGCCACCCUGGCCGUCACCUUCCACGGCCACUUCAACUACGCGUGGCUGCGGCUGCUGGAGCGCGCGCUGCCGGGCCGCGCGCCGCGCGCCGUGCUGGCCAAGGUGCUGUGCGACCAGACGGUGGGGGGCCCCAUCGCCCUCUCGGCCUUCUACGCGGGUAUGAGUUUUCUCCAGGGAAAGGACGACAUAUUUUUGGACCUGAGACAGAAAUUCUGGAAUACUUAUAAGAGUGGUCUCAUGUACUGGCCUUUUGUUCAGCUGACCAACUUCAGCCUUGUCCCCGUGCACUGGAGGACAGCCUACACUGGACUCUGUGGAUUUUUCUGGGCCACAUUCCUUUGCUUUUCACAGCAGAGCGGGGAUGGCACUUUGGAGUCGCUGUUCGUCUUCCUCCAUAAGAAGGAGGCCGCCGCAGAGGAAAGAUCCCCUGAGAAAUAAGAAGCCCGGCAGCGCCCCCUCCCACGCCCCACCCCAUGGCCAAGGGCCACGCCUCCACGCACUGGCUGCUUCACACAGAAAACACUUGCCACUCAGUUACGUGCUGCACUUUGAAGAUGGAGAUGAUUAGUCAUCCUUUAACUUUUACCUGAACCUUCUCCCCUAUUCUAGUCGGAGAGUCUUCAUUCUUUAAUGCUUCCUCUAGUAUUUUGGCUAAACUCAUCACCAGUGGCAAAAGGUCAUUUCAGAAUUAUUAAUAUUU